UCAACUCCGCAUCGUCGCGCGUGGUUCUGUUUACGUUUCUUCAACAACCAAAUCCCACCCACCGGUUGUGUUCCGCUGAACCAUGGCCGAGCCCGUCGAAAAGCUAAAGACCAUCCGGGAGGGAAGUGCGGAAAUCCUCGUUGCGGAGCACGUCUUCUACAACCCCGUGCAGGAGUUCAACCGCGAUCUGAGCAUUUGCGUGUUGGCCACCUUUUCGCGCGUGUGGCAACGGGAAAGGGCCGAGGCGCGCCGCAAGAAGGCCAAGGAUGGACCGGUGGAGGAGGCUGUGGAACUCGUGGCCGGUCAGCGGUGUGAUCAGGGGUUGAGGAUUUUGGAGGCGCUUUCGGCGACGGGACUGAGGAGUGUUCGGUACGCGAACGAGAUUCCCGGCGUGAAGGAGAUCGUCGCGAACGAUCUGUCCAAAUCGGCGGUGGAGUCCAUCGAGAACAGCGUGCGGCACAACAAGCUGGAACAUUUGAUAACGCCGAGUUUUAACGAUGCGAUGACCUUGAUGUACACCUCGACCCACCCGGACAAGCGCUUCACCGCGAUCGACCUGGACCCGUACGGCCACCCGACGCGCUUCCUCGACGGCGCCGUCCAAUCCAUCGAGGACGGCGGUCUGCUGCUGAUCACGGCCACCGACAUGGCGGUCCUGGCCGGCAAUUCCCCCGAGGCGUGCUACGUCAAGUACGGAUCGGUUCCGCUCAAGACCAAGGCCUGUCACGAGAUGGCGCUGCGCAUUUUGCUGCGAUGUAUUGAAAGUACGGCGACCCGUUACGGACGGUACAUGGUUCCGCUGUUGAGCAUUUCGGCGGACUUCUACAUCCGGGUGUUUGUGCGGAUCUUCACCGGACAGUACGCGUGCAAGAAGAGCAGCAGCAAGCAGUCCAUGGUGUUUCAGUGCACCGGAUGCGAGACGUUUACGCUGCAACCGCUGGGCAUUUUGAAGCCCAAUCCGACCGAGCAGAACCCGGGCCAGAUCAAGUUUGGAACGCCAACGGGACCGUUCGUUUCGGCGCGGUGUCAACACUGCAACCAUCAGCACCACAUGGGCGGUCCGAUUUGGUCGGAUGCGCUGUACGACGUGGAGUUCCUCAAGGAGCUCCUCCAAACGGUUGAACUGGAGCAGUUCAAGAAGCUGACGACGAUCCGACGGAUCUACGGAACACUGUCCGUAGUCCGGGAGGAACUGCACGACGUUCCGCUGUACUACGCGCUGGACCGACUCUGCGGCAUACUUCACAUGGAGGUGGUCCCCAUGAUGAAACUCCGCUCGGCACUUCUUCACGCGGGUUACCGCGUGUCCUACUCCCACGCUAGCAAGACCUCCAUCAAGACGAACGCUCCGGUUGACGUCCUGUGGGACAUUCUACGCUGUUGGGCCAAGAAGCACCCAGUCAAGAAGGAACGCCUCAUUGAAGGAACGCCAGUCGCGGCAAUACUCGCAAAGGAACCCGAGAAGGAGUACAACCUGGAGGACCUUCACGCUGACGCGAACCCACCAAGCAGGAAGGAAUCGCUCAGCAGAUUCCCGGAGAACCCGGCGGCCCACUGGGGACCGGGAACGCGUGCUACCUUAAUGGUCAGCGACAACAAGAUGCUCAAGAGCGUCCAGAACCAGAACAAGCGGCGAAAGGGUCAAAACAAGCAAAAACCUGCGGCGGCGGCAGCCGCCAAGGACCCGAUUCGGAAUCGCCCGAGCGAAAGCACGCCAAAGUAGAGCAGAAUGGGAGCGAGGUCAAGGAAUGAAAGGUUGCGCGCGCCACGUUGUCAUGGGGCAACAAUCGAUCAAGCAUUCAUUGGGUUUUAUUCGCACAGUGUCAAACAAUUUCUGGCAAAUUCUGUUACAGCCCGGUCGCUGCUCGCGUCAAGCGCGUUGAGACUUCUGAAAAAUUAAGUUUAAUAAAAAGAAUAAUUUCAAAAA